UGAGAGAUUGCGUCAUGUCGUUUGUGAGCCGUUUCGCCUCGCCCCUCUCGGCCCUGUCGCCCGUCAUGAGCCGGCGGGUGGCUUUCCCGUUGGCGUCGCAGCACCGGUCAUUCACCAAGAUGUCGUCCUUCACCAAGCCGCCGGUGCGCGUGGCGGUGACGGGAGCUGCCGGCGCCAUCGGCUACGCCCUCAUUUUCCGCGUCGCGUCAGGGCAGAUGCUGGGCGCAGAUCAUCCCGUCAUACUGCACCUCAUCGAAGUCCCGCAGGUGGGUGCGCCGUGCCGUGCAGGCAGCAGACAGACAGCCCGACAAGCAGCCGACAGCACAGCAGCCUUCCUGUCAAAUGAUUUGUGUGUCAUGGCUUGGCUUGGCUUGACAAUGUCAGGUGGAGGCGAAUUUGAAGGGCGUCAAGAUGGAGCUGGACGACUGCGCCUUCCCGACCCUGAAGGGCGUGGUGUGCACGAGCGACCUGGAGGUGGGCUUCGGCGACUGCGAGUACGCCAUGCUGGUCGGCGCCAAACCCAGAGGGCCAGGCAUGGAAAGAUCGGACCUGCUCAAGGUAGGCUACCUACACACGUGGACACACAUUAUAUGCAGGCCCUUCGAUGAACAGACACACGUACACUCCUUCCCUUGCUGCAUUGUUUAUGUUGUGUCUCGUGUGUCGGUCGUUGUGGUCAGGACAACGGCAAGAUCUUCACGGGCCAGGGCAAGGCGUUGAGUGCGGCUGCCAAGCCGAGUUGCAAGGUGCUGGUGGUGGGCAACCCCGCCAACACCAACGCCCUCAUCGCCGCCCACAACAGCAAGAACAUCCCCUUCGAGAACUUCACCGCCAUGACCCGCCUGGACCACAACCGGGCCCUGACGCAGAUAGCCCAGAAGGCCAAGUGCGACGUGGAGGACAUCGACAAGUUCUGCGUGUGGGGUAACCACAGCCCCACCAUGUACCCGGACCUCUCACACGCAACCAUCAAGGGCACACCAGCCAAACAAGGUACGGACAGACGGCCGAAUGCUGGGAUGGAUGGAUGCACACCGACAAACGCACACACCUCGGUCGUGUCGUGUGGUGUCCGUCCUUCUCCCUUGCUUCCCUUGGUCAGUGAUCAACGACGAGUCGUGGAUCAAGAACGAGUUCUACCCCACAGUGCAGAAGCGCGGUGCGGCGGUCAUCGACGCGCGCAAGGCGUCCUCAGCGGCGUCGGCGGCGAACGGUGCUUUGGAGCACAUCCGCGACUGGGCGUUGGGGACGGGUGGCAAGUGGACGUCGAUGGGGGUGGUGUCUGACGACACGUACGGGCUGCAGAAGGGGCUGAUCUACAGCUACCCCGUCACGUGUGCCAACGGGGUGUGGACCAAGGUGACGGGGCUGCCCGUCGACCAGCACAGCCACGACAUGAUGCAGCACACACUCAACGAGCUCGUCCAGGAGAGGGACAUGGUCAAGGACAUGCUGUGAGCCAGUCAUCUGAGUGAGGG